AUGGAUCCAAGGAGGAAUGAUACGGCAGACACGGCUAGGGGUGUGUUUGGAAUGGCACCGCGGGGCCUGAGUGAAGUAUCAGUCGGUAUCGUAUCAAUCUUCUCCCGUCGAGGAGUUGCCACUGUUGUAGGAAAUGACCCGUCCAAAUCGCGCAACAUGGCUCUCGUGGCCCACAUCGACUCCGGGAAAACAACUCUCACCGAGUCCAUACUCCUAAAGUCGUCAUACCUCUCCUCGGCCGGCUCUGUCGACACAGGAAGUACAACAACGGACUUCCUCCCUGCUGAGCGCGAGAGAGGAAUCACGAUACAGUCUGCCAGCAUACCGGUCAAAUGGCGAGAUUGGACGUUCAAUCUCAUUGACACGCCCGGACAUGCCGACUUCGGUAUGGAAGUCGAAAGCGCUAGCCGAGUCGUGGACGGUGCCGUGGUAUUACUGGACUCUGUAGAGGGCGUUGAGGCACAGACCAAAGGAGUCUGGGGCCAACUAGACAGAUAUGGCGUACGGUCAAGACUGAUGUUCCUCAACAAGCUUGAUCGCGCAGGAGCCUCGUUCUCUCACUCCGUCGCAUCUCUACUCACAAACCGUCUGCAUCCCAAGCCCAUGGCAUUGACAUUGCCCAUCGCAUCUUUCGAUCCGCAGGACUAUAGUCGAGCCGAACCGGGCGUGCAAGGUAUUAUCGAUCUUGUUCAAUGGGAACUGUGGAAGUGGGAUGAGAAUGGCGAAUCAACCCGACACGCUCUGCCUGCACAGCUGGACAAGCUAGACCAGGGCCUUCUUCCAGCGUCACAUCCAAUCAUCCCGCAUUUGCUACCUGCCAGAAUUAAUCUCUUGGAAAACUUGUCGAUGUUUUCCGAGGAGCUGAUGGACACUCUGCUCAACCUCCCCUCCGAACCCUCAGCUUAUCUCCAGAUUGCACCCUCACAAAUCAUGCCGCAUCUCCGGAGCGCCACCCUUCGUAGCGAUGUACUGCCAGUUCUGUGCGGCUCUGCAUUCAAGCAUAUUGGGACUGAACUCGUCAUGAAUUAUGUCGGAGAGCUCUUCCCUAGUCCUGUGGACGUUGUCGAGUCCGUUCCCGCGGCAAAUGCGCCCCUUCGCAUGCUGGCCUGGAAGGUGGGCUGGGACAAACGCAAAGGGUGGAUGACGUUCGUCCGCAUAUACUCCGGCACUUUAACACGGCAAAGUACGAUCCUAAACGCUACGCGCAAUCAGCGCGAGAGGGUAUCCAAAAUUCUUCUGCUGUAUGCAUCAGAAGUGGAAGAGGUGGAUAGUUUGUCCUUUGGCUCUGUCGGUGUCAUCGUUGGGCUCAAAUAUACACGUACGGGAGAUACCUUGGUCUCAACAAACCGCUCCUCGGAAACGACUUCCCUCCGAGAUAUUAUUCCCCCUCCACCGGUCAUGUCUAUGUCUGUCAUACCUCAGUCGCAUUCUGACCUUGAACCUGUGCAAGAAGCACUGGCUUCGCUUGCCCGCACCGAUCCGUCAGUGCGUGUCGAGAUGCAAGAAGGCCAAAUUCUCGUGCAUGGCCUUGGUUCACUCCACCUCGAGAUUGUAGAAAGUCGGCUUAAAGACGAGUGGAACGCUCAAUUCGAGCUUGGGAGACGCCGCGUCAGCUAUCGCGAAGGGCUAGGCCAAGGAACCCUCACCGCCGGCGAGAACACCUGGACUGCUGAGAUUGCAGGAAAGCCGGUCGCUGUCUCGAUCGACUUCGCUAUAAGGGCCCUCGAGGAUGACGAGGAUGGCGACCCGGUCUGGGAUGGAAACAUUGUUCUCGACGAACAGGGCAACCCUCUACGGUCGCCGGAAUCGUAUUCAAAUGUGCUCGAUCCUAUCACCAACAUAGCUCGCGGAAUCUACAACACUCUUUCCAAUUCGCCGCAUACAUCCUUAGCUCUAUCACAUCUACACGUCCAGCUCAAGAGCUAUAACUAUCCGCAUGCAAAUGCCCCGCCAUCCGUUCUCGCCGGCGCAAGUGCCGUUAUCUUGCGAAGCUGCAUACGCAACGCCGGUAUGGGCCCCUUACUUGAACCCUUCGUUCGCCUAAAAAUCACCGUCAACGAGGAUUCCGUCGGCAAAGUGGUGAGGGAUCUGACGGAGCACGGCGGCGAGGUGCUCGACCUGGCGACAGGUUCUGGGGGUGCUGCUGGCGCAGAGGAGGACCUGCAGCCCUACUCUGAGAAUGGUGUAUACAUACCACCGCAGGAGCUUUCGCCCUCCUCGGGGAACGUGCGGGAUGGUGACGUCUCGUCCUCUCGAUUCAAACGCUCGAUCCACGCCAUUGCACCUCUGAGCAGGAUGCUUGACUACUCGAAUCGGCUGCGAGCACUUUCGGGCGGGCACGGUCUAUUUGAAAUGGUCAAUGCGGGUUUCAGGCAGGUGUCGGAGGCGAGGAAGGUGGAGAUUUUGCGGGAAAUUGGGCGAGUGUGA